UCUUUUUGACAAAAAAAAGGGAAAAUUAGAAAAAAAGACACUUUGGACUUGGAUUUGUCACACUAAGAUUUGUAGAAGAUUUUUUAGGAAAAUAAGAUUUUUGUUCCUGUAAAUACCAAACUACCCUUAAUUUACCAAUUAAGUAGAAUUAAAAUUAUAUAUCAAAAUUUUCGUUAUAUAUUUUAAAUGGGUAAAUAUUAAAAGUUUAAAUAAAAAUAACAAAACUUAAAAAAAAAUAACAAAAGGGAAACUUUUACCCCGAUACCCUAAUUUCUUUUUCUCCUCCUCUUCUCCGCCGUAGAAGAAAGCCCCUUCCAUGGCGAUUUAGGGUUCAACGGAGAGAAUCCUUGCUCUUCGUCGGAGUUUCAUCUACCCUUAGUUUUGAAUCUUUCUUUUGUCAUCUUCCUCUUCGAUUUCACUGACGAUACAACGAAAUCCAAGUGUUCUUCCUCUUCGUCGGACGGGUCAAAUCGAAGUACGACGUGUUCUUCCAUUUUCGUCUCAGUUCUUCACACAAGAUAUUCAAUUAGUUCUAUUGAUUCUCAUCUAAAAUGAAAUCGAGUUGUUCUUCCCUUUUACAUAGAUUUUUUUAAAAUCGAUUUGUCAUAUUUCUUAAGGUAAAUUCGAUUCACAGGUUGAUUAAACAUCUUAUACAUCACGAUUAACUGUUUGCAUGUUAAUAUUUUAGAUUUGUAGUUGUAAAAUACCGAUUUAGGUUUUUGGAAAGGGGGAAAUUUUGGUUCUUGAAAUCUUAUACUAGUUGUUGUCCGAUUGUGUAUGUUUUCAAGUAGAGUAGAUAUUGUCCGAUUGUAAUAUAGGCCAUGGGUAGAUUGAUUGUUGUUGAUUGAUCAAUUGAACAAAUUGUUGUUCUUUCUGAAAUUAUAACUAGGUGGAAUACAUAUUGAUAAGGAGAAUGUAAAUGUAAAAGGCAUUUGUCUUGCUCUCCUUAUUUGUGUUAUGAUAUCGAUACUUUAACCUAUUGAACUAACAAGUUUUUUCUGCGCUUUUAGAUAUGUCUCUAGAGUUACCAAAGAGGAUUCUUAAGGAGGGCGAGGAACCCCAAGUGACUCAGAUCAAUAACAACUGCAGGAUUGAAUACAUUAUGCGAAAGUUCACUGAGUGGAUGCCAAAGGAGUUGGCAGUUGUGAAGAAAGAUCCGGUUUUCUCUCAGAUCUUUAAGCUCCAUAAGAAUGGUCUUGGGUUCUCCGCGAGAGUGGUACACAGCUUCUUGUGUAGGGAGCUGGUGACUUACAAAUUGCACAAGCUUUGGUUCGUCUUUGCGAGGAGACCACUCCGAUUUUCAUUACAAGAAUUCCAUGCAGUAACCGGGUUUGAGUGCAAUACUCGUAUCUCUCUUAAGGAGUUCGAAGAGUGGAAAUAUGACGGUGGUUUCUGGAGCAAUGUGUUGAGGAGAAAAGAUGGAACAGUUUCACUCUUCAACCUGUGGAAUAAGGACAAGGAAGCUGUUAAGAAGUGGAAGAAUGCUGAUCGCAUACGACUGAUCUAUCUGGCCAUCAUUCUUUGUGUGGUUUUAGCGAGAGAUGAGAAGGCUAAUAUCCCUCUCAAAUACAUCAAGGUGGUCAUGGAUCUUGAGAAGGUUCGAAAGUAUCCUUGGGGAGUUGCUGCUUAUGACCUUCUCUACAACUCAAUAACCAAAACUCGUGACAAUCUGAAGGAUAAGACUACUAGUUAUGUGUUGGAUGGAUUCUCGUACGCCUUCCAGAUUUGGGCAAUGGAAGUUGUACCAAAGAUUGGGAAGCUUUGUGGAAAAAAACUUGACGAAGGUUUCACGAACGGUUCUAGAUGCAUAAACUGGAUGGGAGCUGGAAAGGUGUCAUAUGAGGAGAUCAUUCGGUUGGAGCAAAUACUGACACCUGAGGAUGACAUCUAUGCAUAUAUCGACUGGAGAGGAAAUUAUGAUGUAGUCCAAUCUGAUGCUUUUCGCAGAGAUGAUGAUGUGGAGGAUGAUAGAGUCAAGAACCUGAUGGAGUUGAUAAGAACAGGACAUGAUUUUAGUGACCAUAUUUGGGAAAUCGAAGAAGCUCCAGAGGUUUGUUCAGAUCUUCAUGAUGAAGCACCUGUGAAUGAUGAAUCGGCUGUGAUUGAUGAAUCGGUUGUGAAUGAUGAAGCGGCUGGGAGUGAUGAAGACUACCAUACUCCAAAAGGAUCAAAGAACCUAGGCUCUACAUCAAGAAGGGGUAAGAAGAGGCUUCCGGUUUGUGGUAUGGAAAAAAGGAAGCAUAAGGUUCUCUCUACUGGACCUAAGCAAGCGCCUUUUAAUGAAGACAUGAAGGCUUUUGUGGCAAAGUUGUUUGAGCAGAGUUUCUCUGGAAUGGAACAGCGGCUACAAAAACAGAUGGCUGAGACAUUUGAGCAAAUGAGGACAGAGCUUAAAGAUUCACGGAAGGAAGCUAGCGUUGACGUUGAGCUUGGAGAGCCUUCAGCGAAGAAGCCUUCACCGAAGAAGCCGUCACCGAAGAAGCCUUCAAUGAGCCAGCCACCAUUGAGGAGGUCCACACGUGGGGUAAAGAAACACUAGUCUUCACCACUCUCUUAAAUGUUUGCGUGUCUGUUUGUCUUAAUGUCAUCUAUGAUAUCGGCCUAAAUUUUGUGGUGUUUUAUAAGGUCUCGGUUUGUAAGUGUGCUUGGUGUGUUAGUCUCCUUGGUUUGUAAGUGUAUACUUUGAAAUUUAUGUAAAAUGUUGGUGUGUAAAAUAUUAGAUUUUUUAUAAAAUGGUCAUGCAAUGGCCUUGUUUGUGCUUAAUAUUAUGUUGUUAAUUGAUUUGAUGUGAAUUUUAGCCAAGCAGAUGUUGAUGUUGAUGUUGUUAAUAUUAUGUUGUUAACAGGAAGCAUCAUAGAGUUCAUUUGACGUGAAUUUUAGCCAAGCAGAUGAUUUCAUUCCCGGGAUAGGAACGCAAGGCGUUGAAGGUCUUUCUCAGACCUCAUAUGUGCCCGGCUUUGAUCCAUCUCAGACCAAGAAGGGAGAUGAGUGGUGGACUCCAAGGACUUCAGUCCAAGAUUCAAUAGUUCCACUGCCGUCACAUUGGGAGAAAUGGAAUAAAGGAAAAGGACUUCAGCUUACUGAUUCACCAUUGCGCACAGAUGGUUUCUCCGCAGUCGUCACUGUAUUAUUGCUCCGAAGAAUCAUGGCUAGGAUUCACGGAAUGGGUUAAGAAACCAACACCUUUACCACUUGGUCCGUCAAUCUUAAAUUUGUCUAUAGCUACAAGGAUAGUAAGUCCUGGAAAAUGGCUUGGCAACGAGGUAAUGUUUUCUUUUACUAAUUUGUUGAAUUUAUCUUUGUUACACAUCUUCUUUGCUACAUUAGUUUAUUUUCAUUGUGCAUAUUCAGGAAAUGGGUGCAGUUAUGUUUAUAUGGCGAGUCAACACAACUUUGAAGCGUUGGACUCCAAGCCGUGUUGCUUUCAUGAAUGCUAUGUUCUACCUCCAAAUCCACGUUGCAUACAACAAGUUCCUUCCUAACAAAAAAGCCUAUGAAUUGCCUGAUUUUCUUCUUGGCUAUGGGAGAGGAGAGAUUCCAUCUCAUGGGCGGAUUGAUCAAGUUUGGGGUGUCGAUGUUGAUCGUCUCUACUUUCCUUUGUUUGUAAAUGGUAAUCAACACUCCUCUAGACGUCUUAGUUUUCAGCUGGCUUUCUUUUACAAAUUUAGUAUUGUCCAACGUAGGUAAUCACUGGAUUGCUGUCUGCGUCAACAUUAUUGAAAAAAGGUGGAAGUCUUUGACUGCGGUGGGGGAAAGAAUAGACAAUACGUCGAGAAGUUUGCUGCUAUGAUUCCUAGGAUAGUGAAGGCCUUUGCACCACCUGAAAGAAAGAAGCAGCUACUCCUCGCAUCAUAUUCUAUCGUGGAUGUGCCUAUGAAGACGAGAUUGAACAAGUCUUGUUGUGACUGCGGUGCAUACGCACUCAAGCACUUGGAAUACAAUCUGCUUGGUAUCGACUUCAGUUUAUUGGAUGAUGAAAUAAUCACGGGUUGCAUACAGAAGAUUGGUGUGGACUUAUGGGAGGCUGCAAACGAUCACAUUUACGCUGAGGCAAUGACACGAUACGUGCCUUCACCGUGGGAGAGAGAAGAGGUCUUUGACCUCGAAGAUUGAUUAUGUGUCUUAUUUGGAAAUUUUAAUUUGUAACAACUCUAGCUUUGGAUUUUCUAGGAAUUAUGCGACAAUUCUAUCUUUGUUUUUGUAGGAUUUUUAGUUCUUCUAAUUUGAUUUUCUAUAAAGAAUAGUGUACUACAUGAUCAUAAAACCUGAGGACCAAAAACACAUUCAUAAUACAUUCAUAAUUCAAAAACAAACCUUAGACCCUAAAUAAACCCUAAACUUUAACUAAACCCUAAACCGUAAACCCAUAACCUCAAAUAUACCCUAAACCCUUAACUCAAACAAAAUUCAAAACCAUAAUAACCCCAAACACACAUUACAUCUAUUUAUUCAUUUGUAAUGUAAAUCUUAUACUAACUAUCAAUUGAUCAAUUUUCAUGCCACUUUCUUUGCUCCAUGUUUUGAAACUAAUUUAGAGGAUUUAAAGACAAAGUACAUACGCUUGAUAGUAGGUUGUAGACGUAUUUUUGUGAUUUUUUCCUGAUCUGCCUUUGGUAGAAUACACGUUAUAGAAGUAUGAAACGACGUCGUUUAGCUAUUUUUUUUGACCUACUCCCUUUUCUUCCUCAUUAUUCCUCGAAAGAGAGAAUAACAGCGGCAAAAUUUUUGAGAUCGACCCAAUCAUGUCUUCGGCCAAUUCUUCAUCCACUCCAACAGAUCGAGUCGCCAAACAACGCGGAAUUUCCACGAGAUGCAAUUGCGGUGAGGCAGUGUCUCGUUUCACUUCAAACACAGUUAAAAAUCCAGGAAGAUUAUUUCAUCGUUGUCUGAUGGGAUCUGAGAAGGUUAGUCUUAUGAUCAUGAAACUUUGUCUUUGUUUUAGUCUAACCGUUUAUUCGUUGUUAAUGAUGAAGGACAAAGCUCACUUGUUCAAAUGGACUGAUAAGUCGGUUGUUGAGGAGAUUGAAGACUUCCAGAACUUGUUUGACGUGCUGCUUGUUGACAAUAUCGCGUUUCAGAAAUCAGUGAGAGAUGGUGAGGCCAUGAUGAAAGGCCAUGAGAGUAUAAUUGAAGAGAUGGAAGAUGCAAUUGCACAUUGUGAAGAGAAGAUCACAAAAUGCAUUAGGGAAUUAAGGAUCAUAAAAGCUUUGUUUGUGUGUUGUUUGGCGAUGGUCUUCAUGUACCUUGCAUAUGCAUGAUGUUCCUGUGCUGCCUCAAAUUGUUGUUUUUAUUUUCAAACAAGUUUAAGACUAUGUUUCUUGUUAUUUCUUGGUGAUUAUCAUCUACUAGAACCAAUAAUUUUGCAAAUACCAAAUUGUCACAAACAUAGAUCGAUUAGUCUCAAGAGUUUAGCAAAUACCAAAUGGUCAAAUAGGUUCUUAAACAGAAGAUCACUAUGUUUCAAGAUCAAUAAGAAACAAAACAGAGACAGCAGAACAAACUAGAUGGGUAAAUCACAUGUUCCUCUCUUGUGUCAUUCGGUACCACAACGACUGCAUUUGUGCUUUUUAUUCUUUCUUGAUCCUUGAGAAGAUUUUAUCUUGUCUUCUACUGAUUCAUACCUUCUCUUUAUUGGCCGACCAGCACUCUUUCUUGUCUCUGGUGGUAAAACCUUAGCAAGUUUAACCUCAGCAGGGACAUUCCAUUCACACUCUGGAACUGCUACUGGAUUAAUGGAUUCCACAUAGGCGGUUCUCCACGCUGCAGUGGUGUAUAAGCCGUCAGUAAAUCUGUGCACUUCCAUGCCUGUACCAACAUAAACGUGAUUGAUUGGAGUCAAUAUGCUGAAAUUAAAAAAAAAAAUAUGUCCCAAGUUCAUGUGUUUAUACUUCCAUACCUCGUGAAUAAAUGGCAGGAAUGGCGUGUCGGCAAAGAAUUUUUCCUAUAUUGUACUUCCCACAUGUGCAUGUUCUUCUUUCCAAACCAACAUGACAAUCAUAUAUGUCUCCUUUCACAAGCGAUUUGAAGUCGUCAACCUUGUAGACUUGAAAUCCUUUUGCCUUCACAAUUCUCCUAUCAAUCUUUUUCUCCACCUUAGUGGUCAAAGGAUCAAGAUGCUUAGAGCUUACCAAGCGACACUCAUAGAACCAUCGAGUCAACAGUUCUCUUAUACUAUCUAGCAAAGGAAUAACCGGAUAUUCUCUAGGUAUUCUCAGAACUGAAUUUAUCGACUCUGCAGGGUUUGUGGUCCUAAUGUCAUACCUUUCACCAGGGAAGAGAGAACGAGCCCAUUUGCGCACAUCAGCCUCCCGCAGAUAUCUUCCAAGCUCAGGACUCAUUUCAAAAAUUUUGGUGAUACAUUCCUGAAAUUCAGUGUACCUAUAUGCCCGUGAAGCUUUUUCCACCAAGGCAGUCAGCCCUUUUAUCUUGAAAAAUGCAACCACAUUGGUCAACAAGUGAUGAAUGCAAAUUUCAUGUGCUGAUUGAGGGUAGACAGUCCCAAUCGCUUUAGAAAUAGAUGCAUUUCUAUCUGAGACAAAAUCUAGGUCUUGACAAUCAGCAAUAACCACUUUCAACUGUCUGAAGAAUCACCCCAUGAAUCGUCAUUCUUCGAAUCAACAACCCCAAAUGCAAUCGGAUACAAAUUAGAGUUACCAUCUACAGCAGUAGCAACAAGUAGACUCCUUUGUAUUUAUUUUUCAGAAAAGUUCCAUCAACAACAAUCACCCUUCGCAUUGCAUUGUUGAAUCCUCUAACUGAUUGCCCAAAUGACAUAAAUAGAUACAUGAAUCUUCCCUUCUCAUUAGUUUCAUAGUGAGUAUGCGUACCAGGAUUAGCUUCUUUAAUCAUAUGCAAAUAUGCUGGUAUUUUAACAUAACUGCGAUCCGGUAUACCUCUAGCAGCUGCAAUAGAAAACUCACGAGCUUCCCAAGCGUGCCAGUAAGUAAUCUCACAACUAUGCUCCAAUCUCAUAAAUUGAAUGAUUUCAUUUGCUUUUGGGCCAUCGUUUGCAUCACCGAAUCGAUGUUGUAUCAGAGUCCCAAUUGUUCUUGCCGAUGUUGUUUUUCCGAAUUUCCUUUUCUUUGAAGGAGCACAUGAAUGUCUUCCCUCGCACUGGUUGAUCAUGAAAUAUGUAGACUCAUCUAUACCUUCUGCACGCACCAUCGAAUAACUGAACUCGGUAUUAAGAACAAUAUGGUCCACCCCAUAAUCCUCACACACGAUCCUCUUGAGCUUCUCCAAUGGAGUAGUAGUUUCUAAUGUUACCAUUC